GUGUGUGUGUGUGUGUGUGUGUGUGUGUGUGUGUGUGUGUGUGUGUGUGUGUGUGUGUGUGUGUGUGAGAGUGUGAGAGACAGAGAGGUAGAGAGAGUUGACGGCUCAUAGUAGUUUUAUUCAUUCAGGUGAAAGCGGGCCAUAAGAGAGCUCUUGUAGACUUUUCAGAGUCCUUUUGAGUUCAACGUGUGACUCCGGCUUACUGAACUAAGCUACAUUAGCUCCUGCUUGCUUUGACGUGAAACUGUUUUUCCUCAAUUUUAUUUUCAAGAAAGAUGUUUCAGAUUAGAAAAAUAUGCUGUAUAGGUGCUGGAUACGUUGGUGGGCCGACAUGCAGCGUAAUUGCCAGCAUGUGUCCCGAGAUUAAAGUGACGGUGGUGGAUGUGAACGAGGCCCGAAUCAAAGCCUGGAACUCUGACACUCUUCCUAUUUAUGAGCCAGGUCUGGAUGAGGUGGUGUUGUCGUGCCGUGGCAAGAACCUUUUUUUUUCCACCGACAUCGACUCUGCCAUUAAAGAAGCAGACCUGGUCUUCAUCUCUGUUAACACCCCUACUAAGACCUAUGGGAUGGGUAAGGGCCGAGCUGCUGAUCUGAAGUUCAUUGAGGCGUGUGCGCGGAGAAUUGUGGAGGUCUCUGAUGGUUAUAAGAUUGUGACAGAGAAAAGCACCGUGCCGGUCCGAGCAGCUGAGAGUAUCCGCAGGAUCUUUGAUGCCAACACCAAACCCAGCCUUAACUUGCAAGUGCUCUCGAACCCAGAGUUCCUGGCAGAAGGGACUGCGGUGAAGGACCUGAAGGAGCCAGACCGUGUUCUGAUUGGUGGAGACGAAACUACAGAGGGUCAGAAGGCCAUCCAAGCACUGUGUGAGGUUUAUGAGCACUGGGUGCCCAAAUCCCGCAUUAUCACCACCAACACCUGGUCCUCCGAGCUCUCUAAACUAGCUGCUAAUGCUUUCCUAGCCCAGCGUAUUAGCAGCAUAAACUCCAUCUCUGCUCUUUGCGAGUCCACCGGAGCAGAUGUUGAGGAGGUGGCCAGAGCUAUCGGCAUGGACCAGCGCAUUGGCAGCAAGUUCCUCAAAGCUAGCGUUGGUUUUGGAGGGAGCUGCUUCCAGAAGGACGUGCUGAAUUUGGUGUAUUUGUGUGAAGCAUUGAAUCUGCCAGAAGUGGCUUCUUACUGGCAGCAGGUGAUUGAUAUGAAUGAGUACCAGAGGAGAAGAUUUGCAUGCAGGAUCAUUGACUGUCUCUUCAACACUGUGACGGGAAAGAAAAUCGCUCUGCUAGGCUUCUCUUUCAAAAAAGACACUGGAGACACCAGAGAGUCAUCCAGUAUCUACAUCUCUAAAUAUCUGAUGGAUGAGGGAGCAAAGUUGCACAUCUAUGACCCCAAAGUACUCAAAGAGCAGAUCAUACAGGACCUGUCCCAGCCCAGCAUCUCUGGAGACAACCCUCAGAGAGUAUCGGAGCUGGUUACUGUUACAUCUGACCCUUAUGAAGCGUGUAAAAGUGCACAUGCACUUGUUAUCUGCACGGAGUGGGACAUGUUUAAGGAUCUGGAUUAUGAGAAGAUACAUCACCAGAUGCUGAAGCCAGCGUUCAUAUUUGACGGCCGCCGCGUCCUGGACCAUCUGCACCCCCAACUACAGAACAUUGGUUUCCAGAUUGAGACCAUUGGUAAGAAGGUGACAACUAGGCUCCCCUUCACACCCUCUGGUGGAGUACCCAGAAUCACCCUCAAUGAACCGCCCAACAAGAAAUCCAAAGUUUAAGGCGCACAGACACACGCAUUAACCCAUACACACACUUUCUUUACCUUAGUUGAAUGUCUGAUGAAAGUCAAAGUCUGAAAUGUUCACACAUUUGCCAGAAUGUGCCCAAAUUUUCAGUGUGUAGACAAUCUCAUAAAAGUCAAUUUCCCAUGUUCACAUCCUCUAUAGUUUGACUGCACUGGAUCCAUCACCCCUAUCAGCCAAAUCCUGUUCAAAGCAGAUGAGCCAUCCUUUUGUAAACCUCAAGACAUUUCCAGCCUUCUCCCUUGUCAGUAAAAAUGCAGUUAAUCAAUUAAGUUUCCAAAUGAUGUUCAGCCUGUUUUUUCUAGUACUUAGUGGAACUAAGUAAGUCUUGGAGGAAGAAAAUAAAUAACGUGACCAUUAAACACUGUUGCACUGACAAAAAGAAUGUUUUGUCUUAUGUUUAGAGUGUAAUUCUGUCCAUUUCUAAUCUGUAUUCUUUAUCAUGCUGUUUCAUAUUCUUUAUAGACCACAUGCUGUAUUUAGUGUCUUUUUCAGACAGGCUUUUUAUUGCAAGGAAAUGCUAUGUAUGUGAAGAGAAGCCUGGUGUAAAUGAUGUAUUUAAAAGAGUAGUUCAGUCUAAAUGCUAAUGUUGCUAACACUACAUGAAGGUGAACAGCCAUCAAGUAGGAAAUUUUUUUCUAAUUUCCUUUGGUUUGUCGCCCAGUGGUAUCCAUUCACUGUUAGCCACAUUAGUUUGGUCAGGCUAUUCUUUUAUUAUUGGCUGUGUCCUCCAGAGUUUCUGGAGUUCAAUUUAGAAUAAUUUGUCAAACAAAGAAUAACAGAACAAAGUAUACAGGGUAUUAGGAUAGAGCUUAAUGGAUACGUAUUACUUUUCUACAUAAUGUUUGUGUCUCAUGUGUGAUGGGGUUUAAUUGAACAUGAUUAUCAAGCUUAGGAAGAUCAUCAGUCAGUCAUUACAUUAUUGUGUCAUGUGAGAUCAGAGUAUGCCAGUGUUAAAAUAAAGGUUUUUCAUAAAUUCUCAUACUAUAUAGAUUUGUAACACUAAUGUAAAACAGUAGAAAGCAAUUAUUUCUUAAAUAAAGGAACAAUGAUA